CCUCGUUUUUUCUGUUCUCUCCGAGAUUCCAUUCCUCCGAAGCCAAAGAAGCUCAAAUGAUAAUCAUCACGUUUGCAUAGUUGUCUUGGGAUUUGUGCAAUUUGUUAAAUUAUUUAAUGAAUAUUACGACUUCAGAUUUAGGAAUGUCUAAAGAAGUCACUGCUACUCCAUCAGCUGCUUCUCUGGGGUAUGUGUUCUUGGAUGAUGAUCCUGGCAUCCUUGGAACUGUUAAAGCCUCAUCCAAUCGCACAAAUCCAUGGAUUGAACCUGAAAGGUUGAAACUCAGACACAGAAUUGGUCGGGGCCCCUUUGGUGAUGUCUGGCUAGCAACUCAUCAUCAGUCAACUGAAGAUUAUGACGAGUACCAUGAAGUUGCUGCUAAGAUGUUAUAUCCAAUCAGAGAGGAUCAUAUGAAGAUUGUAUUGGAGAAAUUUAACGAAUUAUAUAUUAAGUGCCAAGAAGUUGCUAGCGUUUGCUGGCUACAUGGAAUUUCUAUCUUAAAUGGAAGGAUAUGCAUCAUUAUGAAUUUGUAUGAGGGUUCAAUUGGUGAUAAGAUGGCUAGACUUAGAGAAGGAAGGAUUUCGUUGCAUGAUGUUUUGAGGUAUGGAAUCAAUCUGGCUCAAGGUAUUCUGGAACUUCACUCUAAAGGAGUCAUCAUUCUCAACCUUAAACCAUUUAACGUUCUUCUCAAUGAUAAUGAUCAAGCAAUUUUGGGAGAUGUUGGUAUUCCCAGUCUUUUGCUUGGCUCCUCAUUCUUAAACUUAGAUAUGGCUCAGAGGCUUGGAACUCCAAAUUACAUGGCUCCAGAGCAAUGGGAACCAGAGGUCAGAGGCCCUAUAUCCUUUGAAACGGAUUCAUGGGGAUUUGGGUGCACCAUUGUCGAAAUGUUGACUGGUAAUCAACCUUGGUACGGAUGUCCUGUUGGUGGGAUAUACCAAUCGGUGGUUGAAAAGCAUGAAAAACCCCAUAUUCCAAGUGGCCUUCCUUCCUCAGUUGAGAACAUCCUCAGUGGAUGUUUUGAGUAUGAUUUGAGGAAUCGCCCUUUAAUGGUAGAUAUUGUGAGCGUCUUUAAAAGCUCACUGAAUGAACUAGCCAAUGAUGGAGGAUGGAGAUAUCUAGGAAAUGUGAAAGUUGCUGCAAAAUCAGGUAGCACUGGCUACACAGAGUGGUUCCUCUCAAAGGAUCAUCUUCAGGUGGGUGACAAGGUCCGAUCUAGAAAGCCUCCCAAUUCAUGCAAACCCCAAAACAUGGAUGUCUCGGAAGGAACUGUUGUUGGUUUAGACCGAAAUGCGGAUCAUGGAUUUGUUCUUGUGAGGGUCCAUGGUAUUCAUGACCCUAUAAGAAUUCAUGUGUCAACCCUUGAACGAGUCACAUUUGGCCUGGCAGCUGGUGAUUGGGUACGCUUGAGGGAUGAAAAUGAGAAGCACUCACCAGUGGGCAUCCUACAUUCCAUCAACCGUGAUGGUAGAGUGGCUGUUGGUUUUAUUGGUCUGCAAACUCUUUGGAAUGGAAAUUCUUCAGAACUUGAAAUGGCAGAAUCUUACUGUGUGGGCCAGUUUGUUAGGCUGAAAGGCAAUGUUUUAAGUCCUCGAUUCGAAUGGCGUCGUAAAAGGGGAGGGUCCUGGGCUACUGGUAGGAUUUCAUGGAUCCUACCAAAUGGGUGUUUGGUUGUCAAGUUCCCAGGUAUGCUGACUUUGGGGAAUGAAUCGAGUACCUUCUUGGCUGAUCCCUCUGAGGUUGAAGUGGUUGAUUUUAAGACUUGUCCUGGGAUGAUAGAGAAGUAUCAACAUAUAGAGGAUCAUCAUUGGGCAGUUAGACCAGUUCUAAUUGCAUUCGGCCUAUUUACAGCUUUCAAACUAGGCAUGUUAGUUGGAAAAAAAGUGAGGAGGAACAAGAAGGUUAAUGCAAUAGAAAGCGAAAGCCAAUAUCUUGAUGGUCAAAAUGCCAGCAGCCCUACACGGAGAUCUUCUGUUGCUAUAAAUCCUGUCAACCCAACAUGGGUUCCUUCAGUUGCUAAUAUCCUUUUCAAAGAAGGUGUCAACACUUCCACUGGUCGGUAGUUUUAGAGUUUCCUAUCUCAAUAUAGUUGAAUAACUAACGCAUGUAGCUUCUUAGCAUCAACUAGUCUCUGGACUAGUGAAGCAAUUCCAUCAGCUGUUCUGCCAUACUAGUUUGAAGUUGAACAAACAUCAUUUGAAAGUGGUAAAUUUAUGUAAAAAAUGCCAUCACGGCUGACUCUGAAUGUAGAGAUUGUACAUAUGCUUCACAGGAUUAGCUCUUUACACACUUUGUUUCCACCAAUGCUUUGCAUAAGGAACACUACAAAAUUUUCAUGAUAUGCUUGUUGAAUUUGUAAACAGAAUGAAAGGGUAGGAGUGAAACCAAAUUUCCUUGGCGGAACCAAAUUCUUGUGACCACUAAAAUUUCAUAAUUUUGAGGUUUU